AUGUUGGAUGAUGAGGAAGAAGAAAUUGUUUUUGAUGAUGAUCAGGAGAUGGAGGAUGAAGAGGUGGAUGUGGGAGAACCUUUAGUGUCAAGAGGUAGAGGAAGGAAGAGGAGGAGAAGAAGAUGGGAGGGGGAAGAUAAAUCGGAGAAAGGGUUGUUUGAGCUGAUACCUCCCCUCAUGCUCGCUCAUCCUCUGGCCUUGUUUCCUCUAUUGGCUAUACUUCCUUAUAAUUUCCUCCCUGCAGGAGUAGUUUUCUUCAUUCCUAUUCUUUGUGUAUUGGUGGUACUUUCCUGUUGUGCUCACAUUGUCAUUGUCUAUCUUUCAUGGUAUCUUAAAGUCCACACAUUCGAAGAUGUCUUCGCAGUCACUGCGGGAAAGUAUUCCCUGUACGGUCUCUGGGCCGGUAGAGUGUCCGUAAUCAUUGGUGUCAUUGGCAUGUUGGUAGGAUGGUUAGGAACACUUCAUCCUUUGUUAUUACCCGUUGUUGAGACUUAUAUCGGACAAAACGCUUUUCUCUCUUCUAGGGCGUUAUGGACUGUCCUACCGGCUUUAGCUCUUCUACCCUCCCUCCUACCUUCAAGAAUGAUGCGUUCCCUUCGUCGUGCACCAGUCAUCCUAGCUUUACUCCUUCCCGUCGUGGCAUUCUUGAUCAUUGGUCGAACUGUGGAAAUCACCAAAAUCCCAUUUGACCAACCUCCCACAGACGGGUCAGAUGCAGUGGAACGUAUGACCCAAAGUGUCGGACUCGUAGCGAGGACAUUUGGAUUAAGAGGUGGUAGUAGUGCUGGAGCUGGUAUCACCACACUUACAGUUUUCCUCUCACCUCAUAUAAAUACCCUCCCUAUUCAUUCCACUUUAACUAAAUCCAAACGUUCUUCUUUCCCUCUCCCUUGUCUAAUAUCUUCUUCCCUUCUCCUUCUUUUAGCAUUACCACUAGCAUUAGUACCAUAUUACCUUCUACCAGAUCUCCCUUCUCUCCCAACUGCAACACCCACAAGUGCCUCUGGCGUUUUCGCUCGUCUUCCAUCCGACGACGCAUGGCUCAACUUAGCUAGGAUCCUCAUGGCUACCCUGACGUUGGGUAGUAGUAACAUGUGGAUUUUACGUGGAAGAGAUACAAUCCUUAGAUCACUCGGUGUGGAAAGAGGUGAAAGAUUACGUGCUGGUAAAUGGGUAGGAGUAACAUUAUGGUUUUUGACCGUUUUGAUCACUUCUAUAGGUGGAUGGUUGGCUGCGAAAGUUGAAUUAUUAGGAGUAGGGAUGAUUUUGAGUGUUUGUUGGUUAUUACCUAGUGUAUUCUUUAUCGUGACUUUUCACGUUAGAUCUCCGUUGGCUAUUGUUUUCCCAUCAACUCAACAGGUUGGUCAACCUACAAAUGCAGGAGUCAAUGGGAAUGGAGUUGAGAAUGGGAAUGAUGGUCAGAGAUCGCAUUCGAGGACGGAUAGUUUACAAGAUCCUUCUGUUGAUGCGUUGUUAGCUAGGAAAGAGAGACAAUUGCAAAAACGUCGAUUAGGGAGGAGAUUAUGGCAGGAUUUGAUAGUGUAUGUGGGCAUCUUACCUGUGGGAUGUGUGACUUUAGGAUGGACAUUGGGAAGUUUGUUAGGGAUUUGGUGA